AUGGCAGCAGGAUCGUGCUUGGAGAUGACAUACCAAGCAUGGAUAACACCUACAGACACCUCUCCAUCAAUCUCCCUCGGAGAGCAUAAGCAUUCCAAGGUUUUACUCUCGAUAUUAUUGAUCUUGUAA